GAGCAGCAGCAGCAGCAGCAGCAGCAGCAUCAGUAGCCGAAGAGCACAGCAGCACCCCCAAAACCCAAAGCUUUCGCUUUAUUCCCUUCAUAUUGGCCUCCGUGCCUCCCCUCCCCUCCCCUCCCCCCCACACCUCUGCGCCACUGCCGCCGCUCCCCCGACCCCUCCUCCCGCUCGUCUCCCUCUCCUUGAACACACAGACCGCGCAGAGGCAGCGGCAGCGGCAGAGCAGAGCAGAGCAGAGCAGCGCGUCCUCUCUCCUCCCGCCUCCGCGGCCCUCCGACGCCGGCGGCGACCCGGAGCUUGCUCCUCGCAUUGCGGGCGACGUCGGUGGCCGGCUCACUCGCUCACUCACUCAGGCGCCCGGCCCUCGGUCGCCUCCGUGUCAUCCGCCGAGUUCUUUGGAUUCGCUUUCUCCCAGGUGCCCCUCCCCCAUUUAUUUCUGCCGUCCCUCCCCUCCCCUACCCCUGCCGGCCCCCGGCCGUGGCGUUUCUGCACGGCCCGGGCCAUUAACUCCCCGCCACCGGCAUUGAUCCGACCGAGCGUUGUGAGCUGGGCGUUUGGUGGGCGUGAUUGCAGGGGCUUUCUCUUUGCGGCCUCGUGUCGCCGGCACCCUUUUGGCGGCUGGCUCUCGUUCCUCAAUCCCGCGGUCGCUGCCUCCGUUCUCGAUCUUGUCCCCCCACCCCCAAAUACGCCAUUCCUUGGUCCUUCUUGUUCACCUCCCUAAGGAUUCUUGCUCCUUUUGAGCCGCCGAGCAAUUCUUGGGUAAUUCCUGGGUCUCCUCCCCGGUGCGGAAUCUUCCAAAUAAGGGGCGAAAAAGGGGGAAGGAGAGGAAGAAUCCGCCCCCUCCCUUUCGCUUUAGGAUAAACUGUGCAGAAAGGGGGGCGAAAUUGGGAGGGAGGAGCCAUCCCUGUCCCUGGACCUGCAUGAGGAAGCAUUGAGACAAUGAGAGAUGAGACUCCAACCAAGAACAGGCUGUCCUGGUCCAAGACCAUUGUUAGGAAGUGGUUCAACAUCAAAACAAAAGCCAAGGACUUCCAUUCGGAUUAUGGAGUCGAAGAAGUGGGGAUGCAGUGGAGGACCAGCUUCUCAGAGAGAGAUGUGUGCAAGACCAAGAAGAGCAGAACAGAGAGGCUGCCCAGGAAGAACUCGGAUCGAGAUUGUCGAGCAGGAAACGGAAUCGACCGCGCCUACAUCACAAACACGCAGGACUACAGGGUGUUUGCUGGUACAUGGAAUGUGGGAGGGAGGUCACCAUCCAGUCAUCUGAAUCUGGAGGACUGGCUCAAUACUUCUCCUGCUGCUGAUAUAUACGUCAUUGGGUUUCAGGAAAUUGUUCCUUUGAAUGCCGGCAACGUCCUGUUGACCGAAGACAAUGGUCCAGCGAAGAAGUGGGUUUCACUUGUGAGGAAAACCCUGAAUAAUCUGGAUCUCCAGGGCCCCGCCGCGUACAACUACCACACCCCGUCGCCGGCUCCGGAACCUAUCGCGGAGCUUAAUGUUGAUUUCGAGAGAUCGUCGAGAAGGCAAAAGAACUCUUCAUUCUUCCAUCGACGUUCAUUUCAGUCCUUGGGUCGAAGCUCAAGAAUUGACAUGAUGGAUCCUCAUUCCUUAGUGGACCGACGGUUCAGUGUUUGUGACCGGAUUAGCUUUGGGAGCAGGCCAAGCGAUGUUGACACCAGUAUGAGGUGUGGUGGGUCAUCUGAUGAUGAGAAUAUGGACGAGGAAUCACCUGGUGGCACCUUCUUCUCACCAAUGCCAUGUGGAUAUGGUGCUCCACUAUGCACAGAUGACAAUAACAGACGGUUGGUAAACUCUAACAGGUAUUGCUUAGUUGCUAGCAAGCAAAUGGUUGGAGUUUUCCUCAUGGUAUGGGUGCGGAAUGACAUCAGAGAGCAUGUGAAGAACUUGAAGGUGUCAUGUGUUGGUAGAGGCUUGAUGGGAUAUCUUGGAAAUAAGGGAUCGAUAUCAAUCAGUAUGUCUGUGCAUCAGACAAGCUUCUGCUUUGUUUGCACACACUUAACAUCAGGUCAGAAGGAUGGCGAUGAACUUAGAAGAAAUGCGGACGUGGUGGAAAUAUUGAGAAAAACCAGAUUCCCACAUGCUCAUGGUGCACGCGACGAGAAGUCGCCAGAGGCAAUUCUUGACCAUGAUCGUAUAAUAUGGCUCGGGGAUCUGAAUUACCGGAUAGCUCUUUCCUAUCGCUCCGUGAAGGCUUUGGUUGAGAUGCACAACUGGAAACAAUUGCUGGAAAAAGAUCAGCUUCGUAUAGAGCAAAGGUUUGGUCGGGUAUUCGCGGGUUGGAAAGAAGGGAGAAUUUAUUUUCCACCCACGUACAAGUACUCAUACAACUCCGACAGAUACGCAGGCGACGAUAUGCAUCCGAAUGAGAAGAGGAGGACGCCCGCAUGGUGCGAUCGGAUUUUAUGGUACGGCAGAGGCCUAAACCAACUAUGUUACGUCCGCGGCGAGUCUAGGUUCUCGGACCACAGACCCGUAUACAGCAUUUUCACGGCGGAGGUGAAGCUGCCGAGCCAGGCCCAAUUCGGCAGCUUCACUCGUUCCAGCUCCCUAAUGGGGGUGGAUGAGCUGCCAUACCCAACUUAUCCACGCAGUUACACAGAUAUCAACUUUUACUGAUUGUGCAUCCCCAUGGAGCCAGCCAAGACAUUCUUUCUUCGGUGCCAGAGUAGGAGUAGGCCUGAUGAAACUUCGUUCCUCCCAAGGUUCCAGGGAUUGGAAUAUUUCCAGGGGUGCAACAGAUUGCCGAUACUCAUGAGGGUCCUUUUAAUUCUAGAUUUAGGAAGAUUUGCGCCGUUUGUUGGUUGUGCACAGUUUUGAUUGAUUCUAACCAUCCCUGGGCGGGCACAAAUGCAACCGAAAUGCAGGGCAGCUCCAGUCUUGAAUUAAGGUAGUAGAUAGAGUAGUCGCUGACAGCCGAAGCUAAUUUUGUGGCGUGCCAUUUGUUUUUUUUUCCUCCCUUUUCCUGAGCGGUUUGUGGCUCUGGAAGGGAAGGCUUGGAUUUUUCUUCUUUUUUGCUUGGUUUCCUGAUGUAAUGUAACAAGAGCCGGUUGGCUGGGCUCAGCUGAGACGUUUUAGUCAAAAAGAAGAAAGGAACAGCCACCAUUUGUACAGCA